UAAGGUUUUAGUCACUCAUGAGUUUAUCAAUUUUUAUCCAGAUUUAAGAAAAGUUUGCAAACUUUUUUAGCUAACUCAGGAAAAGUUAGCAAUACUUGACAACAUUUAUGUCAUGAUUCGAAGAACGAAACAGACCCAGAUGCUGGAACCCGGAAGGAAACUCAGGAGAAGAAGUUUGAAACAGAUUUAUUUUCCACAACGGAUUUUAAGGACGAGUCUUGAAGAGGUUCGAGUUUGUAACUAGGAAUUAUUCGACCAGAGGCUGGAGUCUUGGCGUGGCGAGAGCUUUGGCGUGGCUGGAGACAUGACAUGACAUGACUGGAGUCGUGGCUUGACAGGAGUCUUCGCGUGGCUGGAGAUAGGAAGCGUGGAGUCGGACCAGAUUGCUCUUGAGAGGGUAAACCCAAGUGGACACUCGUGGGAAAAGGCCCUGAAGAUGAGGCGAAGAGACAAGGUAAGUAAAGCAUUUACUUGAGAGCCGAGACAAAACUUGGUGACCAGACUAAGCACCAUUAGGGGCAACGAACCGGCGAUGAAUGCUUGAGCUGGAUCUCCUUAAGAAGGCUGGUGGUAGAUGAGGUGAGUGUCCACAGCUGGGUCCAAUCAGGAAGGCAAAGCAGAAAGGGGAGGGGGGGGACUGCCAUAGGCGACAUGACAAUUUAAAGCUAACAAUGGAUUAAGGUUGUUGGCAUUCAAAAAAGUAUACACUAUAUUUCUAUUGACUUUAUGCUUCUCUUUUAGUUCCUGGAAUAAUGUAAAGGUUUUAUAAAUGAUUGAGUGUUCCAGUUGUCUCAUGGCUUUGUCCUCCCAAACUGAAAACUUUAACAUUAUUGAUGAGGAUAUCUGGAUCAUUCCAUUUGGUGUCAGGCUUCUCAGUAUCAGUCGAGGCUCUGACAGUUGGAGAAACUGCCACCUAGCUGUAAAAGUACUUAUGAAUCAAAUCUAUUGCCUUUAUUAGUUUUGCUGACAGUAAAUGGCAGAUCUGACAAAUUGAUCACAUGAGAUCCACUCAUGAAUUUAUAACAUUUAUCUAAUAAAAAUGUGUUUCCAACUUUAAAAUACUUGCACCAGUUAGUAAAAUGUUUGGUCAAAAAAUGUUAAAUGUUUACUAAAUAAUAAGAGGGCUUUUAAAAAUAAAAACUAGAUUUUUAUGUUGGUGUUUCAAAAUCUGUUGGAACAUUGAAUAAAAUAACUGUCAAUUUCUCAACGGGUCCAGUCGUAAUUAAACCAGAUGAAAUGAUUCUCAGAGCGCGAUCGAGGGCUGAAUUGUUAUCAAGGCUCCGUAAGUCCAAAGGGAUCUCUGAUGCUGUUGAUCCGAUAGUGAGGCGAGAGAUUACACCCUGCUGUUAAGGCGAGUAAUCCCAGCUAAUCUGACAUUCUGUUUCACUCUGCAGUGUCUGGAGAAAACACUGAGGCACGGAAGGACCUUUAUGAACUCAGAUUUGUUUGAUGGAAGAUGCUCCUGCUGAUUCUCCUUUACCUUGUGCUGUCUGGUGUGGUGAAGGUCUGCCCCUGUCCAGCCUCGUGUGUCUGCAUGAAUGGAAGCCCUGGAGCAGCAGAUCUCAGGAUGGUGCAGUGUGGUGACCCCGGAAUGUCAACAAUACCAGUUAGUGUCCCAGCAAACACAUUCAAACUCUGUCUUGAGAAGACCCGUAUCUCCAGAGUGCCCAGGGCAGCCUUCUUCAAUUUGUCAGAGCUGCGGUUUUUAUGGCUGACCUACAACUCCAUCACAUCCGUCCACCCCAGCAGCUUUGUCAACCUGAAGGCUCUUAGGGAGCUGCGUCUCGAUGGAAACCUCCUGACUGCCUUCCCAUGGGAGGGGCUUAGGGACAUGCCCCGCCUACAGACACUGGUACUCCACAACAACCGUCUGUCCAGCCUUCCACCUCAAGCUGCUCUUUUUCUUCCAAACAUUACCUACCUCGACCUGUCCAGUAACAGGCUGACAAUAUUACCAGCUGAGCUUUUGGACUUAUGGUUUCCUCUUCCAGGACUUCAAGAAGGACCAGUUCAAAGAAAAAUUCUGGGUCUGCAUGACAACCCCUGGCUGUGUGACUGCGAGAUUUCCCUGCUGAUUUCACUGUCGGCGUCUUUGGGGAGUUCUGUGGUUCUGAUGGACCCGCUGCUGAUGUGCAGCCGGUCGGUGGAUCAGUCGGGGAUGCUGCUCAGGCAGGUGGAGCUGUCUCGCUGCAUGAGGCCGUCAGUCCAACCUGCCGCCACCAGUGUCACCUCCUCUUUGGGCAGCAAUGUCCUUCUGCGCUGUGACGCCAGCGGCUACCCAACGCCAACCUUGACCUGGAUCAAGACCUCCGCCUACACCGUUAUGCAGGAAUCUCCUCGAGUUGGAGUCCGCUGGUCAAUCAUCAGUUUGAACGGGUUGUCCUACAGUGACGCCGGCGAAUACCGCUGCCAGGCACGAAACAUGGCCGGACUAUCCGAAGCUCCAAUUAAACUGAAAGUCAUGGGAGCCACCAGACUUCUGCGCCCGCCGAGGAAAAAUUCCAAACCCACUUUACCCAGAGUUCUACAGAGGAGCAGGAAGCCGAGCAAAACCCCAGCAGCUGCUGCCAUCGAGAGCCGGAUCAGCAAAGGUCUGCAGACUCAGCCUGAAGGAUCCUGA